UCUCUUGCUGUCUCUUUGGUUCACGCCGCUCUUGGGCCUUCAGCGACGCUGUUCUCCUCGAUUCCUUCUCUUGCAACGACAGUCUCCUCGGUUCCUCCCCUUGCAAUGGCCUUCUCAUCGGUUUCUUACAACGACAUUCUCAACACAAAACCCCAACUCGCCUUCCCGAUUCAGUCUGCACAAUGGUUUGGUAUUUGGGACAGGGAAGCUUCUGCUCAAGGUGUCUCUGGUACUUAUCAAAAGAACUUCACAAGGCUGUCGAUAUGGUGUUUGCACCAUGCAACUAUCUUAUUGACCAUGGGUAUAGAGAAUCUCUGAAUAUUUUUUGGGAUUAUAUCAUACUCGUAUUUGAUGAAGCUCAUAACCUGGAAAGCUUAUAUGUUGAUGCUGCCUCUCCUGACUUGUGUUCUUGGCUUCUAACAGCUUGCAUCUGAGGCUCAAAGUUGUUUUGACCUUUGUAUAGACAGAAGAGACAAAUUGAAUGAUAAGUCAAGGAAUCUUGAUAAUUUUGCUAUCCUUAAAGGUGAACUUGGUCCUUAGAGUAUGCUCUUGAAGGUUCCUAUUUAUAUGUGAUGAUUUCAAGAUGAAUACUUUUUGUUGUUUUCGUUCCAUUAUUGAGGGCUAGCUGUAUAAUCUAAUGCUUGCUGGUUAUAUCUCUGGUGAGGCAGGAAACUACAUGUACAUGACAUUUCCAUGUUCUAAAUUUUUGUCUAAAUGCUGAGACUUGUAGUGUAUUUGCUGGCUAUAAUUACUAAAACUAUCUCUUGUAAUGAUAUCCGUUGGCUAUAAUAUAGUGCAUGAAAUUUAUUUGAGA